CUCUCUCCCUUACAACACAACGCUCUCUCUUCUUCUUCUUCUGUUCUCACUCUCUGAUACACUCUCUCUGGUUUAGGGUUUCAGAAAGCGAAAUCGUCACAGGCGGGAAAGCUCCGACUAGGCGCUAGGGUUUUCUCGUCUUCUUCCAACUUUCAAUCUUCAUUCUCCACCACCACCACCACCACGGCGUCUGUACCGUACGGUUAUGGAGAAGAUAGCCUCGGAUUUGAAAAUGUCUGAGACGAAGCAGAGCUGUCUCGGCCAGGCCUACGAAGCCUUGCAUGCCCAAGCUUCAUCUAUCCUCCACUUUGGUGUGCAGUGGAAGGAGCUUGAGGACCACUUUGAGUCGACCCGGAACUCGCUCCAGACCCGACUCCGAGAACUGGAGAACCGCGAGAAGAAAAUUGACGACCGAGAGAAGCGUUUGGGAGCCUUAGAGUUGAAUUUUGACUCGGAGAUGGCGUCCAAAGCCGAGAAAUUGCGUGGAGUUGAGAAAUCGAUCGAAGAGGUUGAAUCAGGUAAACACCACUUCAACUUGCAAUCGCUUAAGUUACUGAUUGAAGAGCAUAAUGAAGAGCUUGAUGUUAAAGAGAAGCGAUUCUCAGAACUUCAGAGAUUGGUUGGAGAGAAAGAGAGGGAGUGUGAUUUUAUUGAUAAACGUGUUAAAGAGCGCACAAAGAAAUUGAAUUGGGUUAUGAAAUGUGUAGAAGAGAGGUCCAAGGAGGCUGAGUCUAAGAAGGAGGAAGUGGAAGUGGUUCAGGGGGUAUUAAACAAGUGCAGAGAGGAUAUUGAGUUGCAAGAGAGGCAAUUAAAUUGGAUGAUGGGAAUGAUUGAGGAGAGCAAGAAAGUAUAUAAUUUGAGAGAAGAGCAAAUUAACGCAGCUCAAAUAUCUAUUGAAGAAUGUGACGAUAGGAUGAAAUUGAAAAAGGAGGAACUUGGUUUGGUUCAGAGAUCAUUGGAGGAAUGCUCUAAUACUUUGGAAUCCAAAGAGAACAUAAUUAGGGAAAUGGAGUUGAAAGUGAGAGAUUUUUAUUUGCUUAAGAAAUCAAUGGAGGAGUGGUCCAGUGAACUUGAAUUUAAAGAGAGGGAACUUGAAGGAUGGUUUGAGAAGCUUGAACUGACAGAGAAACAAUUUGAGCCACAACUCGAGGAACUCCAUUUGAUGGAUAAGAGGGUCAAUGAAUGCCUCAAUGAGGUUCAGUUGCAAGAGAAACAUUUAGAUUCACUCCAAAAAUCGAUACAGGAACGUGAAAAGAAUUUGGAUUCACUCUCCUAUGGACUUAAAUUGAAAGAGAGGCAACUUGAACAACAGGCCAAAGAGCUUGAAUUGAAGCAGAAAGAAGUUGAUUCGAUACGAAAAUCCACUGAAACUAAUACAAAAAAAAGGAGAUUGAAGAAGAAGACUAAUAUCCUUGAUUCUCAAGCGAAGAUUGAGCAAUUGGAACAUACUCCUGGUAACAAUGCCACUGUUCCUUUGUCCAAAAGUAUCCAGUCCCGCAGCUACAGGAAUGGUAGAGACUUGCAGUUGUUCCUGAAUGAGCAUUUGAAGAGACAUGAUUUAUUGGGUACCGAAAUCGCAGCGAUUCUUCAAGCGUCAUCAGACCUAGCCAAAUUAGUUUUGGAUGCAAUGCAAGGGUUUUACCCUUCAAAUUCGGUUGUGGAAAACUGGGAGUGUGACUUUGAUUUGAGCGUUAUUAGAAGGAGUUGUAUUCUUCUGUUACAAGAGUUAAAGAGGGUCUCACCACAAAUUAAUCCUCAGGUGAGAGGAGAAGCAAAGAAGUUGGUAGGCGAUUGGAAGGAUAAGAUGAUUGCGGUGGUAGAAAAUUGGUUAGAGGUUUUGGGAUUUUUAUUGCUUCUUACUGCAUAUGACUUGACCUCUACUUAUGAUGAGAAUGAGCUUCAAAGUCUUCUUGUUGUAGUUUCUCAGCAUUCACUGGCUACUGAAUUAAGCCAGGCCCUUGGUAUAUCAGAUAAGGCAAAUGAGAGCAGCAUAAUUAGUUCCCCAGUCAAAAUAGGUGAACCCAUAUCUUCACUGGCCAAAAAUGGAGCAACUUGUUCUUCUCUGAAUCUUCAACCAGGUGCCGCCACAGAUGCAAGGAACUUGCAGGGGUUUUUAAAUAAGCAUUUAAAUGGAAAUCAUUCAAUACAAAAAGAAAUGUCGGCUGCCCUUCAAACGUCAUCAGACCCAGCAAAACUUGUGUUGGAUGAGAUUCAAACAUCUUUUGCUCAAUACUGGAGAAAAGGAGAUGUUGGUUUCAAUGAAACUUUCAUGUUUAGUAACAUUGCCCUAUUGGAGGAGCUAAUGAGGGUCUCACGGCAUGUCGGACCUCAUUUGAAAGAAGAUGCAAUAAAGCUAGCAGAGCAGUGGAAAGCAAAAAUGAGAGCUGACACUCAAAAUUCAUUGGAGAGUUUGGGAUUCUUGCAGUUUGUAGCUACAUAUGGGUUGCUCCCUACUUUGAAUGGAGAUGAGAUUAAUAAGCUUCUUGGGAUGAUUUAUCAGCAUAAACAGGCUCUAGAAUUAUGUCUUACGCUUGGUUUUGCAGAUAAGAUCCCUGAUUUUAUUCAGAAUCUUAUUGAAAGGAAGCAACUGUUUGAGGCUUUUAGGUUUAUUUGCACCUUCAAGGUAAAUGACAAGUUCUCCUCGGUACCACUCUUAAAAGAAUAUGUGGAGGGUGCAAGGAAGUCUUACAGGACAGCAUGGAGGAAAAAGAAAUCACUUGAUGAAAAGAAUGAGGUUGUAGACCACCAAAUAGCUGAUCUAAGAGCUGUGAUUCAAUGCAUCAAAGAUUACCGCCUCGAUUCUGAAUACCCAUCCAAGGACAUCGAAAUACAAAUAGUUCAGUUGGAGAAAAUGAAGGAGAAUUGGAGAAAAAUGGCGAAAUCUCUUGGCUCUAAGGCUGAACAAGAGGAGAAAUCUCUUGGCUCUAUACCUGAACAAGAGGAGAAAUCUCUUGGCUCUAUGGCUGAACAAGAGGAGAAAUCUCUUGGCUCCAAGGAUGAUCAAGGGGAGAGACCUCUUGCCGCCAUCCAGGUUGAACAAGAGGACAAAGCUCUUGCCUCUAAGGAGAAGAAACCUAGUACCAGCACUUCUGUCUCCAAGGUUGAACAAGAGGAUAAAUCUCUUGCCUCCCAGGAGAAGAAACCUGAUACCAGCAAUUCUGUCUCCAAGGUUGAACAAGAGGAUAAAUCUCUUGCUUCCCAGCAGAAGAAAUGUAGUUCUAUAAUUUCUGCCUCCAAGGUUGAACAAGAGGAUAAGUCUCUUUCCUCCCAGAAGAAGAAACGCAGCACCAGAACUUCUGCCUCCAAGGCCGAUCAAGAGGAGGAAAAAGAGAAGAAAUGCAGCACCAGCACUUGUGCCUCCUCCAAGUUUGAACAGAGACAACAGAGUAAAUAUAAACGCCCUCGGACAUCUGCUACACCCUAUGCAUUGCCAACUUUCCCUCGUGGCUAUCUGCAGCCAAGUUCGUCCUUAUUGCCGAAUGGAAAUUAUGGACACCAUGGACAUUUUUGAAAGAUUAUGAGCAAAGCCACACUCACUUAUUCAUUGAGUUGUGCAAACAAAAGGAGACAAAAAGUCCCUAAUACAAGGAAAUAGAGUCCAGGAAACAUGAGUCCGGACUAUCAGGUCCAUAACCUAGGAAACAUAACUGUAGGUAUUGGGGUCUAUCAAUUUUGGUAUAGCUUCCGUGCCGAAUGCUGGAAUGCAGCACUAGUAUCUGUUCUUGCCCAACCCUCCUGUAUAUGGCUAUUAUUAAAUCUAGUACGAAGCUUGAACCUGCCAUACAUGCUGCUAACUUUGAAGGACCAAUGUGCAGUGCUGAUUGUGUUGAUGGCACAACUUUGGCAGGUUGAAGGUAGACUGCCUGCUUUAUUUUUGUUUUUGUUGUUGGUUUUCCUGAGUUGCAUUGCUUUCAUCUUGGAGAAGCCAAGUUCUUGUAUUUUGACUGACCGACUUUAUUGUAGAAAUGUUUGACUGAGAUGGAGGACUCCUAAUAUUGAAAAAUCUUAAUGCUCUUUUCAGAUCAGC